AUGAAGCCCAGCAGUUUCUUCCUCGCGCUCUGCGCAUACAUCCUCCCCAUCGCGGCAGCCAUAACCGAAGAAACAGACACAGCAACAAUUUACAUCCAACCUCUCGUCUCCGAUUCCGCCUACCCACUGCAACCAUCCACCUACCCCUCCACCCUCUCCGCCUCUCUCGUCUCGUACGAACCGCCCGUCGAUCUUCUCCCUCCUCAUCUUCCUCGUCUUCCCCUCGAAAACCUCGCUCUAACCGGCAUUCGAUGCCCAAACCUCCGUUUCAAAUCCUCCACUUCGCUACUGUCCCUCGAUAAUUUUCAAAGGUUAUAAACCCACUAUUAUCCUAACGCUUGAUUCUCAAGGCGCGGUAUUGGGUGUGACGAUUAAGAGUGGGGUGAUAGAUGCAGGUGCUACGAGGGAUUUUGCGCCGAAGGUGGAGGUUAGACGGAUGGUUGCGGGGAAGGAACCAGUUCUAGGGCCCAAUGUGGUUUUGAGUAAGGAGGGAAAGCUUGAGGGAGAGGUGGUGGAGAAGACGUUUUUGCAGAAGUAAGUUUAUGGUGUUUUUUUCCUGUAUUUUGGGAAGAGGAUGGAUGGGCAGUUCGGAUUUGCAUGGAUGACGGAUGUGCUAACGAUGUGAUAAUUUAUAGGUACUGGUGGAUUCUUUUAGGAGCAGCAAUGUUGACAAUGACUGCUGGAGGUUCUGAAUAA